AUGCCAUAAUAUUUUCAUCACUUGCAGAAAAAUCUUUGCAUCCUUUGAUCAACGACGACGUUGCCAAAACAUUCUAUAUACGUUCCACUAACAAGGCAAAAGCACCUAGCAUCUUGUCCAGGCAAAAGUAAAUAUGGUUUUUAGUUGGAGAAGGAAGAAAGCUGCUCGAGAAAAGCUCUUUAAAGUCCAGGAGUUGGUGAUUCCAAACCAGUUUCUUUGCCCAAUAUCUCUUGAUCUUAUGAAGGAUCCCGUCACAUUAUCUUCUGGGAUAACAUAUGAUCGGGAGAGCAUAGAAACGUGGCUCGAGGGUGGGAAUUUUACGUGCCCGGUAACGAAUCAAGUGCUAAGGAGUUUUGAUCAGAUUCCUAAUCAUAGUCUCAGGAAAAUGAUUCAAGAUUGGGGUGUGGCGAAUCGUAACUAUGGCGUAGACCGAAUCCCAACACCUCGAGUUCCGGUUUUGGGAGCUCAGGUCUCGGAGGUUCUUUUUAGUUUGGAGGACUCGACAAAGCGUUUGAAUGGGGCAGGGUGCCUAGAACUGGUGCAGAAAAUCAAGAAAUGGGGCAAUGAAAGCGAGCGUAACAGGCGUUGUAUCGUGGCGAAUGGAGCAAUUAGUGUGUUUGCAGCUGCGUUUGAUUCAUUUGCGAGAGAUUCUUUUGAAAGAAAUGCUAAUGUGUUGGAGGAGAUAUUAUCUGCCAUGAAUUGGAUGUUUCCUAUAUUCCAACAUUCACUUGAUGCAGAAGCACGAGCGCAUUUAGGCUCGCAAGAUUCUUUACGCUGCUUGGUGUGGUUCUUGAAAUGCGGAGAUCUUUCGGUGAAGCAAGACUCCAUGAUUGCAUUAAGAGAAAUUGUUUCUUUAGACCAAAAACAGGUAGAAGCAUUGGCAGCCAUUGAAGAGGUGUAUGAAGUUCUUUUUAGGUUCAUUAAGGACCCAGUUUGCCCUGCAAUCACCAAAGCUUCUCUUAUGGUAAUAUUCUAUCUAGUAUCAUCUCCUUCUUCCACUAGCAUAAAGACCAGAUCAGCAUUAGUGGAGAUGGGCCUGGUUUCUUUGUUACUAGAAGUUACCAUAGACUCAGAAAGGAGCACAAGUGAGAGAGCAUUAGGUGUUUUUGAUAGACUUUGUGAUUGUGAAGAAGGAAGAGAAGAGGCCUAUAGGAAUGCUCUAACAUGUCCAGUCUUGGUGAAGAAAAUCUUAAGGGUAUCAGAAUUGGCAACGCAGUCUUCAGUUUCUGCCAUUUGGAAGCUUAGCAAGUACGGAAAGAAACAUGAAGAGAACGUCCUGGUCGAGGCUCUUCAAGUAGGUUUAUUUCAGAAGCUAGUGUUGCUCUUACAGCUUGGUUGUGGAGAUGAGACAAAGGAGAAGACAACAGAACUUCUGAAACUGAUGAGUCCUUACAGAGAUGGAUUGGAAUGCAUUGACUCAGUAGAUUUCAAAAAUCUAAAACGGUCAUUUUGAAACACCCAAGAUUUUGCAAUAUCAUAUUCAUCAAAUCUUCAUUUUUCAGAUCAAUUCUGUAAUUUGUAAUACUAAUUCAACAGAUAUAUACAUAUUUUUUUUUGGUUUA